UAUGACUGGUGGCUACUUGUCUAACCAUAACGAUUUCAAUAACAAUUGUGUAUCUUGUUAUAAACCGAAUUAGGCAUAGAAAAGCCCAAGUACGAGAAGUACGACAAGCGAUUGACGAUCAACGGAAUAUGGGAAAUAUCGGAUAUAUCGGAGGCAAUAUUGGGUAUAUUGGAUCGGGGCCACUUAAUAUGGAUUAUCCGUACGAACAUGGAACAGCACAUUAUCAACUUUGGAAACCACCCGGCAGUUAUUUUGCUAGAGGUGAAGCCCCACCGCCUUACGAAGAAGCGAUUGCGUUGGCUCAAGCAGAAUCUCUCAGUACUUGUACAGUAAGUGUUGCUACAUCAACUCAGAGGCAGUAUCCGAUCGGGCUGACAGAAACUGAAGCAACACAAACCAUCACUGCAAAUACAACCAACCUAAUCAACAUCAAUAUUAACAAUGGUGGAAAUCUAACAGCAAUAGCUACUGGUGAAAAUCAUAUAGCAUCUGCCAUCUCUACUGCUGACGCUCAAAUUGAUACAUCCAAUACAAACGUUUCUAACGAAACAUGUGUUGCAUUUCCGACGAGUUAUUAUACUAUUCCCGUAACUACAUCCGAAGUGUGUACGAAUCAAAACUGUGAUUUAAAUCUUGGAAGUAACUGUACUUAUUCAUUGUCCAAUGCUUCAAAUUUAAAAGACGUACAAACGUGUACGAAUCAAACAAUCGUAUCGAGCACAAACGCAACGACGCCAAAAAAUAGAGCAAUGGAGAGAUUCGCGGACACAUUUAACAAUUCUACUAAUCGUACAAUUCUACCGCCACCUAUAUUUGACAGUAUCGCCAACGAACCAACCACUGCCAGCGAAGAAAUUGCAUCAAUAACAAAACUUCGUCCAGCAGGGAAGCGAUAUCACCGAACAAUACCAAGGCAUUAUACGGCUGUGGAUCCGAUAAUCAAUCCACUUAAGGCAAACCGUGGUACCAUUGUAGCAACAGUAUUAACAGAUAAUUCUAGUAAUAUCCCUUGUAAGAGCGAUGCUAUAAGUAAAAACAAUCGUUCAGAUCCGAAAUUACUCGGAGCGAAGAAAAUGUCCUGCCAAUGCCCAGUGCAACAUACCCCAAUGUCUUAUCUUUCAUCUCACGUUGCUGGAAUAAAUCAACACGCUAGCAAUGAAUCUGCAACAAUAUCUGAUAAUGGACGAGCUCUCACUAUUAAAAAGAGACCUUGCGAUCUUACACGAAAUAUCAAUAUGCCGAAAAAUACAAUGAACGCGCAUAUAAAUCCUUUAACCCCCACACAAUGCAAAAGUUCAUUGAAAAAUAAACCAGAAAUUUACGAUGGCAGCGAAAGUGGUUUAUAUUCUAGCACGGAUUUUGUUAAAUUACAAUAUGUUCCCAACUCUAGCAAACCUGCAAAUGAUCUGACACGUUUUGAUGCAAAUACGGGUUUAAAAAAACAAAACUCAUUAACCAGAAAAUCUGGUUUCAUGAACGAUAAUCCACUAGUCGUUAAUCCGGUUUCAAAAACAUGCCCGGAUAUUAAAGGACAGGAAGUUAAUACGAAAGACAUUGGUUCGCAAAAUUUAACAUGUGUAAAGCAAAAUGCAUCGUAUGAUCGGGAAACUCAUAGGAAAUUAGUAAAUUCGUCAAAACCAAACAUUGAGCAAAAUCCUGAACUUCCACCAAAAAUGUACAAACACAAUAUCGGUAGAUCAUCAGGUGCUCAUAGAAAAUCUUAUUAUAGUAAUUCUAAAACCCACGCCAUCUCCAAACUUUCUAGUGACAAUGCUAAAUUCUCUAUUCCAAUAACAAACUCUGCCAACCUUUACAAAGAUGAUGCUAAUCAAGCACAAAGAAACCAUUUCACAAAAUCAUUACCAAGAAAUGUUGCUGGAGCCAGUCAUGAAUAUGCACAACUUCCUCAAAAGUCAGCAUACGGAGCAAAUGAUAGUAGUAGUACUAGCAUUAACUUUAACACUUUGCCAAAGAAAAACAAACAUAGUACUCGUAGUUCAAAUUUAUUAACAGAAGUAGUAAGUAAGGUGCCAUCAGUAAUUAACAUUCCAUCGACAUUCCAACCACCUCCACUGUUGGAAAUUGGAAACUGUGCUCCAGAAUCUAAAGAAGCUGCUUUUAUCAAUCACACUUUAAAUAACAACAAGAAAUCAGUUACUAAAAGAGCUAAUAAUGAUGAUUCGUCACGGUCUGAUCACACAUACAGUUCUAACCGACUUGGUGUACAUGCUUAUGUAACAAAAUCAGAUAAACCUCUUCCGGUGUUGACGACGUCGACGAACUGUGUAAAUCCUAAAGAGCACUUUCUUCCCAACGACAACAGUCUUGACGAUGAUUAUCUGAGCGAAUGUGAAAACUGUAAAUCCGCACAUGGUUCGCGCUACUACUUGGAAGAAGAGAUUGAUGGAGCUCCACAGGAAACAAUGACGCUACAACGAAAGAUGCCGGAAAACGAAGAAGAUCAACAAAACUACUAUCGUGUAUCAUCUACGCUACCGACCAACACAAGUAGAAAAACACCGAUCGUCAAAAACCGUGACACAUGGUUUACAACUAUCCCUGCUAGUUCAUCAUCGGAAGAAGAUAUAGUGGAAUAAUAACAUAGAUGUGUCAUCUAAUGUUCUUCACAUUGUGUUCCAUUGUAGAUGUACUUAUCCAAUAAUCUAAAUGCAAAGCACAUUUUUCAAAGCUUUAUAAGCUUUAUUUAUGUGCAGGCCACAUAUUUUGUUCUAUGUUAACAAAUCAUCAUUAUUAUCUAACAGUUUAUAUUUUAAUAAACACGAAUGAAUCUAUACGUGACGAAUCG